AUGAGCACUAUGGUCAUCAAAAUGCGGGCCUCGAAUUCGGGGAUAAUUAUCAAUGGAAAAGCAUACGUUGUAGACGAAUGGACAAAUGUUAGGCCAGGAAUCUUGUCUUUAGUGGGUAGGAAUUUGCAUAAAAACUCAAACCACCCAAUAGGGAUUUUGAGAGAACUGAUUGAAAGUCGAUUCAAGAAUCUCGGAUACACCUUCUACAACGACUUCGAUCCCGUUGUGUCCGUACACGAUAAUUUUGAUGUUUUAGGAUUUCCAGAGGACCAUCCGGGCAGAUCAAGAUCUGAUACAUACUAUAUUAAUAAAGAUCUUGUGCUUCGGACCCACACCUCGGCGCACGAACGUUUUUGCUUUGAAAACUGCACGACGCCUGGGUACUUCAUUUCGGGAGACGUGUAUCGAAAAGACGAAAUCGACCGUACCCACUAUCCGGUUUUUCACCAAUUGGAAGGCGGUCGUUUAUGGUCUCGAAAAUCUUCGGGAGAUUCUUUAGUUUCCCAGAUCGAGUCCGAUAUUGCUGCUCUUCCAAAGCUGGAUAUCAUUGUGGAAGAUAACAAUCCAAUAUUUGACGCGGUGCGGAAUCCCAAACAAGACCACAUGUCAGACCUGGAGACAAAGUUGGUAACCUUGCAUUUAAAGAGAACAAUUGAAAUUAUGGUUGGCCAGGUUUUCCUUGAGGCUGAGAAAGCAGCCUCAGGGAACGGAGCUAUUGCACCGAAUUUCAAAGAGCCUCUUCGGGUCAGAUGGUUAGAAGAUAAAUUUCCGUGGACUACGCCUUCUUGGCAGAUUGAAGUCUGGUGGAAUGGUAGCUGGUUAGAGUGCUGCGGUUGUGGAAUUGUUAAGAACGAGGUUCUUUUGAAGUCUGGCAUAAAAAAUAGCAUCGGUUGGGCAUUUGGAAUAGGUCUUGACAGAAUUGCAAUGCUUCUUUUUGGCGUUCCGGAUAUCAGACUUUUCUGGUCCAGAGAUGACAGGUUCAAGAAACAAUUUUCAGCUAACCAAAUCUCGGUCUUCAAACCGUACUCCAAGUAUCCUGGCUCUGUAAGGGAUAUAUCAUUUUGGCUUCCUGAAAACACCACUGAAGCUUCUGCACUUCAUGAAAACGAUUUGAUGGAAAUUGUUCGUGAAAUUGCAGGUGAUUUGGCCGAAAGUGUGAAGCUAAUUGAUGAAUUUGUGCAUCCUAAGACGGGAAAAAGGUCACAAUGUUAUAGAGUCAAUUAUCAGUCGAUGGACAGAUCACUCGUCACUGAGGAAGUGAACGCGCUGGAUGAGAAAGUGAGGAAGGCACUGAGGUCUUCAUAUAAUAUAGAACUUCGGUAG